UGCGGAGUGAGUCAUCUUAAGAACAGACGAUCUUUGGCGCUAGCUGAGGGGCUAACGCGCGUUGAGCGGAGCCCGGACACCGGACACCGGACAGCGCCGUUCCUCGCUUCGGUAUGAUGCCAGGUGACAGCGACAUGACCUCCAUCGUUCAGCGGAUAGCUCGGCAGGCCCUCGUCACCUACCGGAGCCCGCCGCGGCUCGGCGAAGAGGCCGGGAAGACUUUCCUGGAGAACCACGCCAAGCUGCGGAGCCUCAUGACGGAAGUGCGCGCCGCGGACCUGAAGCUCGCCCCGCGCAGAGCCGCAGACAGCCCGCACGGCGCGCCGCCGCUCCACCCCGGAGCGCCGCCGGUCACAUACAUGCACAUCUGUGAGACGGACCGCUUCAGCAUGGGGGUGUUCCUGCUGAAGAGCGGCGCCUCCAUCCCGCUGCACGACCACCCGGGGAUGCACGGCAUGCUCAAAGUCAUGUACGGCAAGGUCAGGAUCCGCUGCUUCGACCGGCUGCAGCGGCCGGCCGGCGGCCCGCAGGUGGCGCCGCCGCUUCCCCCGGCACAGAUGGCCUCUCUGUGGCGCUCCGUGCUGCGCUCCACCGGGGAGUUCACGGAGGAGAGCGGCCCGUGCGUCCUCUCCCCUGACCGGGACAACCUGCACCAGAUCGACGCCGUGGACGGCCCGACGGCGUUCAUGGACAUCCUGGCCCCGCCGUACGACCCGGACGACGGCAGAGACUGUCACUAUUAUAAGGUGCUGACAGAAGCGGAGGUCAAGCACACGGAGCAGAAGGAGCAGGAGGUCUGGCUCAUGGAGGUCUCACAGCCGCCGGACUUCUGGUGCGGAGGGGAGCCGUACCCGGGCCCGGAGGUCUGCCUCUGAUCCGGGCACCCUGAGCGGACAGACUGGGCUGAAUGAAAGCAUUCAGCGAAGCACCUGAAGGCACCACAGGCUCGACUCACCUGCACAAAGCAGGGAACACCUGGUGACGUCACGGAUGCUUCUGAUGACCUGUGAGGUGCAGGGUGCAAAUGAUGCGUUCAAGGCCAGUCAGGGCGUCAGAAAAUGGGCUUUUAUUUUGGUAUCACCCCCCCCCUUUUUAAA